GCCGCACCACCACCGAAGAAGAAGAGGAGGCCCCGGGGCAGGAAGUGUCUGUUCAUCGCUCCCAUGUGUUGCUAUUCACUCGAACAUUCAUUCUUGACACGACAACUUCAGCUAAUUCCAGCAAACUCAAGCUAACGUGUUAGCUAUCUGCCCCCAAAUAAACCGAAGAGGAAACCGGUGCUGUCUCUGCGAGCUAACAGCACCAGCUAGCUAGCUAACGUACAGCUCGCGCUAAAGUUGUUCGGAUAAUUAGAGCUGUAGCCACUGGAGAGGCGCGGUAUCUGAAUGAAAAGUGCAGUGGAUACAAGCAUGAUCAAGGAAAACCGGUGGAACAUCCCCCCCAAUGCUCCAGCGUGCAUGGAGAAGCACCUGUGCUCGGCGCAAUACAGAGCAGAUGGUACUCUGCUGCUCGGUGCCUCCAGCCUCACUGGCAGGAGCUGGCAGGGAUCUGUGUGGAUCUACAGUGACCCUGAGCAGGCCCCCAAUGAGGGACUCUGCAAAGCUGGCGUGCAGACUGAGGCUGGAGUCACAGAUGUCAAAUGGGUGUCAGAAAAGGCUGUCGUUGUUGCAUCAGACUCAGGUGCCUUGGAGCUGUGGGAGCUGGCAGAGGAUGAGCGCCUGCUGGUGAAUCGCUUUACCAAACAUGAGCAUGAUCACAUUGUUACCUCAGUGAGCCCAGUUACUGGAGCAAGCAGUGCCGUUACUGGGAGCAUGGACUGUCGAAUUAAAGUCUGGGAUCUCGGUCAGGAGACAGCUGUCACUACCUACCAUGCGCACACACAGCCAGUUGUCUGUGUUGCUUGUAGCCCCACAGAUGAGUCUCUCUUCAUCUCCUGUGGUCAAGAUGGCCGUGUGCUGAUGUGGGACAGGAGGAAGCCAAAUAAACCAGCCUCAAGAAUAGAUGUAGAGACCUCCAGAUGCUCCCCCACCACUGUAGCCUGGCACCCCCACCACAGAAGCACCAUUGCUUUCGGUGAUGAGCUGGGCAGAGUGAUUGUGAAGGAUUUCCUGGGAACAGAGCCGGCUCGGGUGGAGAACGUCCACAGCCGCAGAGUUAAUGGGCUCGCCUUCUCUACACAUAGUGCCUCCUUGUUAGCCUCCAUAAGUGAUGAUUGUUCCCUCGCUGUCAUGAACUCUGACCUGCAAGAAAUAUUGAGAGAUCGGCAACAUCAGGACUUUGUCAAAGGUGUGUGCUGGCUGCACGGUGGCUCCAACACACUCACAACCGUAGGCUGGGAUCACCUUGUGCUUCACCACACGGUGGGUCCGGCUGCUGAAGCCCCCGACUCCUCCUCUUAGACCCAACAGAUGCUCACACUCUUCGGAAAGAGUACAUUUUAAGAUAAUUACUCUCCCCCCUAUUUUUGAGGGGCGUCUUUGCGUGUCUCAACAGUUAAAUGUAAUACAUCCGUCAGGAAAUAUGGACUCAUUGUCAUUUAGUAAUCCAGAUAUGUGCAGAACAUUUAGACUUUUGCUCUUGGCCUCAGUGCACUACGCUACUCUACCGUUACAUUCUCUCUCCAUCCACUUCCUUCAUACUGUAUAGCAUUUCUGUGUGUACUUACAUUUGAGGCAACCCAUUUGUAUGUAUCAAGCAUCAUUUUACAUUAAAGAUAACUUAAUGUUGUAA